UAGCCUGUCGCGAGUGUUGCUCGAUCCCCAGUAAUCAUUAAAAUCAUCAGUACCCUCAUCCAUCCGAAUUUUUUCUGCAUUUUUUAAUUAUGAAGAAUCCUAAAAAAGAAAACUGCCAUUUGCUAAAAUUGCAAUAAAUUUUCAACGGUGAUUUUUUUCAAUGUCUCGAUCACUGACGAUCGUGAGGGGUUCAAUAAUUUAGAAGACCUCUGCAAAAGUCGUUCACAGUAUGACGUUAGCAUUAAAAUCGAUUUGUUUGCAACAAGCGUAUUUUCUAUUUUCCUGAGAAAAACAAUUGGGACAAUAACGAUUUCGGGGAAAGAAUCUGGUUGAGGAAUUGAGGGCAAGGAAAUUACCGAUGUGUAUUUACGGUAAACAACAAUUUUGUUAAUAAAAAUAAUUAUAAUGCCGGUGGGAAUAUCGUCGCUCGCUGCAUUCGACUGCGGCUCCAAGACCCAGCACUUGCCGGCAUUCACGAUCAUCAAUCGCGAGAAUCUCCAAACAACUCUGCCGAUCCUCCACAUCAACCAGAUGAACGAUGACUACCACGAGAAGAACGACAUACACCCCCGAACGAUCAGCCGGGAUUGUUUAUUCUCGGAGAAGAGCCACAGCAAAUCCACCGAUCACUUCGUCCUGGCGAGCCUUCAAAAUAACCAGGUGAAUCCCCUGAAGAGGAGAUCGCAGAGCAAGAGCCAGGAGAAUCUCGGAACGAGUAAAAAGCUUGACGAGUCCUUGAAAUCCGCCAUGAGCCUGUCCACCGAGAACUUCUCCGAUAUUUUAAACGCUAAAUUGGAGAGGGUUCAGGAUCACCAGGAGUUCCACCGAAAAAUCGGCAUGAGGAAUAGAAAUCAGACAGUGAACACGAGGAAGCCGUUUAUAACAACCGUAAGGAGUGGUGAAUUCCUGAUGCCACCACCCGAGGUGGCAGCUCUUCUUGGAAUUUCAACGAAUGGCACGUGGCUUGAUGGUGCUGAUCACGAUCACGAGGACAUGCCACGCUCCAGGUUUCGCCCUUUGGUGUCUUUGGCUCGUCGACCGGAAGUACGUCAUAACAAGCAUAAUGCUAGGUGUCAGGCUGCUAUGAAAGCCACUGUUGACUUUACCGUUAAAUUAGUUAAUUCCACCACUGGAACUUCCACUGCCCUGGCUAAUGAGGAACGAGUUAAGAGACUCUGCAAUAGCAGAGGUACCACUACUGGUGAGAACGAUCAUCAACUUCCUUUUGGCAACAUUAUGUUUGAUCGACGAGUUGUACGAGGCAGUACAUUAGCAGCUCCAAUACCCGUGGAGUGCGAGCAGUUGCAGGGAAAAAGAAAACAACCGAGGAAAAGGCCACAGCAACAGGCGAGAUCGAUGAUGUUGAGGAUUAAAUCACCACCUCCUGUACCUGGACGAAAGCACGAGCCGGUGCAGACGGAGAUGUACCUGGAGGAGUUAUUUGAGAAACCAGAUGAAUCUGAAAUCGGCACGCAGACAGAUUAUUUUUUAGAGAGACCUGUUACACCGCCUUAUGUCCCAGGAAAAAUUGGACUCGAUGCUGAGACGCAGAUAUCACCUGGUGACCUUUUCGACUACGACUCUGAAGUACAACCGAUCCUCGAAGUUCUCGUGGGAAAAACCAUUGAGCAGGCGUUGAUCGAGGUCCUUGAGGAGGAGGAACAGACUGCCCUGAGGGAGCAGCAGAGGAGAUUCCUCGAGCUCAGGGCUGCGGAGAAGGCCGAACAGUACAGACUUGAAGAGGAGGAGCGCAGGUUGCGAGAGGAAAAAGAUCGAAGGGUGAGGCAGCACGAGAAGGCAGUGAAAGAGCAGCAAGAGACCGAGGAAAGAGUCGCCGCUGCUGUUUUGCUGACGGGAUACAUUGCGGAGCUUCUUCCUGCUGUUCUUGAGGAGUUGAAAAUGUCUGGGUAUUUACUGGAUGAAAUAAGGGAGGACAUCGACGAGGGCUUCGUACCCUGGUUGAUGACAGAAGUUAAGAGGGAAGUGGGAACGGUGAUGGAGAGCCGCGAGAUACUCAUGGAAAUCAUCAAGGAAAUCCUUGAGAAUCGGGCCACGAUCUACAAGAAGCUCGGUGAGGAGUAUGACUCAUCCAGAGAAUUAACGAUGGCACGUUGUGAUUCUGAGACUGAGAUAGGAGAGAGUGGGGGUGGAAAAGACAUUGAUUUUCAACGGUAUCAAUCACCCGAUGGAAUUCAGUGAGAAUAUUUCUCUCCGUGGAUUCAUGUCCUACCAUACGUAUUACACCGGUAUACACAGCUGCAAAACAAAUCCAUCUCUGUCUUCACCCUCUGUCUCCGGGUACCUUCCAUACUCCCCCCAGCAUUACCAGCACCAGGAUGAUUCCAGGGUUCCUCAAUCCGUAGCGUAAAUAUCGCAGCAUGGGGCCCAUAACAUGACUCCACCUAUUACAAAUCAAUUAUCAUUCCCUGAGUGAUUCUGGAUUAUUCCGGGGAAAAACCCAUUCACAAAGUCAAAAAAUCCCAAAUCGAGACAAUAUUCCAACAUUCAGCACCCACCACAAUCCAUUAUGAAGAUAUCCUAGCGCAGUCCGUGAUAAAUUUAUAAAAAAAAAAAAAACAAUGAACCCAGUGAAUAUUACAACUGUGGAACAUGAAUAAUAAUUCAGAGUUCAGACCGACAGCAGCUGCUGGAGAAAAACCAGUCACUGGAUUUAUUCUGUUUUCCUGUAAUUUCAAGAAUAAAGUGAUUAUGACAAAUCAA